GGGCGGCGCUGAGGGGAAGAGGGGGCCGGAGCCGCCGUUGCGCAGCUCGGGAGGGAAGCGGAGCCCGUGACCUUCCGCUGCUGCCGCCGCCUGGGCCUGAGGGAGCCGGGCCCGGCCCGGACGCUGCCUGGAGCCGCCGCCAUGAACAACGUGGGAGGCGCCGACGAGAUCGGAAAGUUGUUUGUGGGUGGCCUAGACUGGAGUACAACACAAGAAACUCUCCGUAGCUACUUUUCCCAAUAUGGAGAAGUUGUAGACUGCGUAAUAAUGAAAGAUAAAACAACAAACCAAUCUCGAGGGUUUGGAUUUGUCAAAUUUAAAGAUCCCAACUGCGUGGGAACAGUACUGGCCAGCAGACCACAUACAUUAGAUGGCCGAAAUAUUGAUCCAAAGCCAUGUACACCUCGGGGAAUGCAACCAGAAAGAACACGGCCAAAGGAGGGAUGGCAGAAAGGACCCAGAAGUGAUAACAGUAAAUCAAAUAAAAUUUUUGUUGGUGGGAUCCCUCACAACUGUGGCGAGACUGAGCUCAGGGAAUACUUCAAGAAAUUCGGAGUGGUCACUGAAGUUGUAAUGAUCUAUGAUGCAGAGAAACAGAGGCCCCGAGGUUUUGGAUUUAUUACUUUCGAGGACGAACAAUCAGUGGACCAGGCUGUCAACAUGCAUUUUCACGACAUCAUGGGCAAAAAAGUGGAGGUAAAACGUGCAGAACCUCGUGAUAGCAAAAGCCAAACCCCAGGGCCACCAGGUGCCAGCCAGUGGGGAAGCCGGAUCAUGCCAAGUGCUGCCAAUGGCUGGGCAGGUCAGCCCCCUCCUACCUGGCAACAAGGAUACAGCCCUCAAGGAAUGUGGGUACCAGCUGGACAGGCAAUUGGUGGGUAUGGACCGCCUCCUCCAGGAAGAGGAGCCCCACCUCCUCCACCACCUUUUACCUCAUACAUAGUUUCUACGCCUCCUGGAGGAUUCCCACCUCCACAAGGGUUUCCACAGGGCUAUGGCACCCCUCCACCAUUUAGUUUUGGAUAUGGUGCUCCACCUCCUCCACCUGACCAGUUUGCCCCUCCUGGAGUACCCCCUCCACCUGCCACUCCUGGGGCAACACCACUAGCUUUCCCACCGCCACCACCACCAUCUCAGGCAACUCAGGACAUGAGCAAACCCCCAACUGCUCAGCCAGAAUUCCCUUAUAGCCAGUUUGGUUAUGGACAAGACUUGAGCGGUUUUGGACAAGGUUUCUCCGACCCCAGCCAGCAGCCCCCCUCCUAUGGAGGCCCCUCGGUGCCACCAUCAAGUGGCCCACCUGCAGGAGGAAGUGGUUUUGGACGAGGACAGAACCAUAAUGUGCAAGGAUUUCACCCCUACAGACGCUAGCACAUGCAGGGAGUCCUGUCCACAGUGGGAUAUCUGGUAGCAGCUGAACCCGGGAAUCCCAGACUUCUGAACUUGUGACAAUCACAUACUUGAUGGAAGAAAAAUCUAACAACAUUGGGGGAGGGGAAUGGGAGGGGGGAUGGCUUUUGAAGGCAACGCUGUGGGUGUUUGGACUGCAGGUUUUAAAUAUAUUCCUUUCUCUAACCCAUCAGCACAAAUAAAGAAAAUGUCACUGGUUCAAACUACAGGGUUUUAAAAAUGUCUUCAGCUUUAAUUCAAAACUUCAGGUUUCUUUUUUUGAAAUUAUUUUUCCUGAGCCUUUGUUUUACCGUAUAUUGUAAACUUUUAUGUUUAAAGAAAAAUAUAUACAUUUACAGAUUGUGAAAUUUUUAAGAGAAAUUUUCUACUAUGUAUGCUGGCUUAUUUUUUAAUUUAAAACAGGGUUUCCGUUAGCAAUGUUGGAAGUGAUGGUCCGUUUCAACCCCUUUACUUCUAACAUAAUGGUGGGGCAGUUGGUCCAGAAACUCUGGGAGUUAAAAGAAGAAAUCUACUGAGUGUAUUUUGCUUUUGUUACCUGACAGUAUAGAACUGGUAACAAUGCAGGUGCAGACUUGUUGAUGCACAGUGUCACUUACGAAGUACAGCAUUUAGAUCUGUGCUUCAAACUCUUUAAAAUCCUCUGUGGAUUUCAUUAGGGGUUAACGGAGGCCUUGUUAAGAUGUAGAUUUCCCUCAGGCAAAAGGUUUAGGUGCAUUUUGCACUAACCAGUGAUUACCCCUGGUUUGAAUAAAGAGAAGUACAUUUGGAUUAGAAACAUAA